GCCAUCGAGAAGGUCGUUACAGACGCCCGCGCCGAGUCCAUUACGACCAUUGAAGGCGGAGGUGGUCAAGGCCGCCGACUUUUCGAAUUCGGCCAGCUCUGCAGCCAAUGCCGUACCGGAGCAGUGACUGCUGUAGGAGAAAUUGCGCUCUGUGGAACUACCGCUCUGGCCGUUGAGGUUGCUACAGCCGGGAUUGCUACUAUCUUGGAAGUCGCCGGCUUCAUCGCCUGCGAAGCCGCUGUUAUUGGGACUCUCAACGAAGCUGAAGCCAACUGCCAAGGUCUUGCCGACCCGUAG